AUGGACAUCUAUGAUGACCGGCAUCGCGCAUUUCUGCAGGCCUUCAUGGCUCGGUCAACCAUGACAUUCGAAGAGUCGCAGCCGGUGCUAGCAGCAAUAAUCUCGGCUCACGAAAGUCGCGAUAUUGCCCCGGAAGAUGUCACGCAAUCCACAUUGAACGACUUUGUCGAUACGGUCAACGGCGCCAUUUCUACCUUCGACCUAGAAAUCAGAACGUCCCGACGACAGGAUCCCAAAGACAGCGCGGAUGACUCAACUACGCCCCCGAUUCUGAUCUACGCCCUAGUUAACACGACCAGCGACGCCCUCACCCAGCUCGCGACGACCUACUCUGCCGACGAGAUCGCAUUCGUCAAAAGAGUGCUUGACUACAUGUUUGAAGAGAACAACACUCGGCGAUCUGAGGGCAUGAUCAUUUCCUCGAUGCAGGCCAUGCGCCUGUCUAAAGCAGGCAGUGACCGAAGACGAUCUACAAACGUGGCCACACAGCAGACUGAGAGCGGCAAUGCUCAGAACUUGACCAUGCAGCAGGCCCAGGAGGUGAUGAAGUCUUUGACACAGGAAGGGUGGUUGGAGCAGAGCAGGAAAGGCAACUACAGUCUCAGUCCACGGGCACUGAUGGAGCUGCGCACUUGGCUGGUUUCAGAGUACAAUUACGAGGAUAUGAAUGGGCAGAUGCAGAACCGGAUCAAGUUUUGCGCUGCUUGCAAGGAUAUCAUCACAGUGGGACAACGAUGCGAUGACCGAAAUUGCCCGGGCCGACUGCAUGACCACUGCGUGCGCAACUUCUUCCGCAUGCAACAAGCUGAGACGUGUCCUGUCUGCCAGAAGGGCUGGUCUGGGAACAACUACGUGGGCGAGAGAGCUGUUGUUGAGGCCGCCCGUCCUCGACACAGCAGACUCUCUCAGGCUCAAACCGUGGUCGCCUCUCCCACGCCAACGAGCGAGGCGGGAGAUCCUAAGCUAAGCGAUGAAGAAGAAGGAUGA